ACUGUGAGUAACUCACUCCAAUAUGCUGAACCGCUCGAGCUCGAUGUCACUCUCUCUCUUAAUCGUUUUGGUUAAUUUGAGUUGGAUGGUCGCCGGCCAGGCUCCGAUUCCGGCGAAAUAUGACGGUUUCCUUUACAAGAAUCAGGAAACCACCACAAAUACGGUCAUAAUCGAGGCAUUCUUCGAUCCAAUUUGUCCCGAUAGCAGAGACGCUUGGCCUCCUCUCAAGCAAGCCUUUGAAUACUACGGUUCUCGUGUCUCACUCAUACUUCAUCCCUUCCCUUUGCCCUACCAUGACAAUUCAUUCGUCACGUCCCGUGCUUUGCAUGUUGUAAAUAAAGUAAAUCCUGUUGCCACUUAUGACCUUCUGGAAUUGUUCUUUAAGCAUCAGGAAGAGUUUUACAAUAGGCCAACCUUCAAUGAAUCUAGAUCAUCUGUUGUCAAGCAUGUAGCUGAAUUAGCAACUAAAGUAGCUGAUAUUUCGCUCAAGAAUGAUAUCGAGUCAGGCUUUACUGACUGGGAAACCGAUUCCCUGACAAGGGUUUCAUUCAAGUAUGGUUGUUCUAGAGGAGUGUAUGGGACACCAUUCUUCUUUGUGAAUGGUUUUGUAUUACCCGAUGGAGGCUCGGCUAUUGACUACUUCCAGUGGAGAAGAAUUCUGGAUCCGGUUAUAAAAGGGGCCGAUCUGAAGGAGAAGAAGAACAUUAUCGAGUGGUCAGCUGCUUGAGGUGAAGAAAUGAAACUUUUAACAUCUUUUUUUUUUUUUUUGUAAAUUGUUUUCUUUUGGAUCAAAACUGCUUCUAUUGAAUAAAUUAUGAAAAAAAACUAGGAAAAUAAAUACCUUGUUUGUAUCUUAUAUUUUGAAAUGAAACAUCCAGAACAGAGAAGUAUCAUUUCUAGAUGAAGAACAUAUGAGUAUCUUUGUUCACACUAUUAGAAUAUACAUUAUAUAAUUUGUUGUGU